CAGUGUGGACUUAGUACUUGUUCCCUCUGCACUCAGUCCGCUUAGUUUCUCAUGCUCACUCGGCUCAGAUUGCUCUUCACCGAGGCACCAUGCUGAGUACCGUGAGCUCAUCGUGCUGCUUCAUCGUGGCAUUUCUGUUUGUAUCCGGAUGCCAUUGUAAGGAUAAACUUUUGGUCUUCCUCAUCGAUGGUUUUCGCUAUGACUACUUGGACGAUCUACAGAACCUGCCGGGGUUUAAAGAAAUUGUGUAUAACGGUGUGAAAGUGGAUUACAUGACCCCAGACUUUCCGAGUCUGUCCUACCCGAAUUAUUAUUCCCUCAUGACCGGUCGACAUUGUGAUGUGCACCAAAUGACAGGGAAUUAUAUGUGGGAUCAAAACUCAUCAGAGGAAUUUUUAAUUGGAUCUAAUCCAGGCAGCCGCUUACCAAUGUGGUGGGACGGCUCUGAACCCAUCUGGGUAACCCUGCAGAAACUAGGAAAGAAAGUCUACAUGUACUACUGGCCAGGUUGUGAAGUGAAGAUUCUUGGUGUAAAUCCAACAUUCUGUGAGAAAUAUGUUUCCAGUCCUUCCAUGAAGAAUCUCAGUGAUGCCAUAGAGAAUGGUCUCAAUGUGCUACAGAACAAUAUGGCAGACAUGGCUGCUGUGUACUAUGAGAACAUUGAUGUAGAGGGGCACCACUUUGGUCCUGGGUCAGAGAAAGUGCGGACUGCUGUCCACUCACUGGACAUGGCAAUACAGACUUUAAACCGCAAGAUCAAGGAGAAAGACUUGGAAGAUAAGUUGAAUGUCAUCAUAUUCUCUGAUCAUGGGAUGACUGACAUCAACUGGAUGGAUAAGGUUAUUGAGGUGGAUGCUUACAUAAACAUGUCCAGUAUCAUCAAGAUGAUGGACAGAGGCCCAGUUGUCAGUUUGUGGCCUAAACCAGAAAGGCUUGAUGAGAUAUAUACAGCAUUACAAGCAGCCCAGAACAUGAAGGUGUAUCGGACACAUGAGAUCCUGGAUCGCUAUCACUAUAAAAGUGGAAAAUUUGUCUCACCAUUAACACUUGUUGCUGACCCUGGAUGGUUCAUCACUGAGAACAAAGCUAAGCUGCCUUACUGGCAGAAUGAUACAGGGGAGCCUCGGGGCUGGCAAAAUGGUUGGCAUGGUUAUGAUAAUGAGUUCCUGGACAUGAGGGGCUUUUUUCUGGCUCAGGGACCAGCCUUCAAGAGGAAUUUCCGAGCAGGGCCAAUCAGAUCAGUGGAUGUGUAUAACUUGAUGUGCAACACCCUUUCCAUCCAUCCUCUUCCCAAUAAUGGCUCCUGGUCUCGGGUGGAGUUUAUGCUGACGGGCUUUGCUGAUGCUGUGCAGCCCAUGCUGCUUUACAGCGGUGUGCUGGCAAUCCUGGUGAUGCUACUGUCUGCUCAGAUUUAGAAACAACACACACAUCUUCCUCCUGCAGAACUGCUUUAUGGAUUUAAUCAGUGCUAUAAAAAGGCCAUUUGAUGGUCAACUGAUGAUCUCAGAUCUACAUAUAUAAUAAUUCUUAUGUUUCAGUACACUCUAUCAGAAAAUGUGAAAAACAAUAACUAGAAAUCUCAGUGAAAACUGUACAUAUAACUUUGAAGGCUGUGUGAGUUGAUAAAUAAUGAUCCAACGCUUGGCACAUACACAAUAACUUAAAGCACAUUUAAAGUAUGAAACCUGUUGUUUUGAUGACCUACUUCACUAUGACAUUAUGACACAUGAUUUUAGUUCUAUUACACUUUUUAAAUUUCUAUUUACUUUGCACUUAGGAUGCUUUUGUAUCCAAUCUAUUUCUAAUAGUAGUAAAAAUCUGUGGUGAUUUUUUACUAAACUCCAAAUUUCUGCAAUUUACGGUAACUCUGUUUUCUGACUAUUUAUGUAUCCGAUUGUGUGUGAUGUUUAGUAAUCAUUAAUUUUUUUAAAUAAAGGAGAGGCUUUUGUCCUAUUUAAUCGGUAA